UUACAUGUACCAUUUCCGGCAAGAGGGACAUAAAAAGUAGUUUCACCUUUGAAACGUCGCUAGAAUCAGCCACCACAUAGUUGUAAAAACUUGGAGCACAUUUCAAAAGGUGGACCAAAUAUGAAUUCUAUAAUCAUUUCCGUAUUUUGCUUCCUUCUCAUCUCCGGUAUCCAAUGCAUGCCUCCGCCAAAAGGCAUGCCAAUGCCUAUGCCAGGUGGAGGUGGUAGUAAAAUGAUGGGUGGUGGAAUGCCUAUGCCCAUGGGUGGUAUGCCAAUGCCUAAGGAUGGUGGUAUGAUGAUGAUGGGUGGCAUGAUGCCAAUGGGAGGUAAAAUGCCUAUGCCCAUGGGUGGAAUGCCUAUGCCUAUGGGUGGAAUGCCAAUGCCAAUGAAAAUGCCAAUGAAAAUGCCAAUGGGAGGAAAGCCAAUGCCAAUGGGAGGAAUGCCGAUGCCAAUGAUGGGCGGUGGUAUGCCAAUGAUGGGUGGAGGAAUGCCAAUGAUGGGAGGUAUGAUGGGUGGUAUGCCAAUGAUGGGUAUUAUGCCAAUGAUGGGUGGUAUGCCAAUGAUGGGUGGAAUGCCAAUGAUGGGUGGAAUGCCAAUGGGAGGAAUGAUGGGUGGAAUGCCAAUGGGAGGUAUGAUGGGUGGAAUGCCAAUGGGAGGUAUGAUGGGCGGAGCGGCCGCAGGUGGAGAGACGGAGUAUGAACCCCCAGAACCAGCUGCGCCUGCUACACCAGCUGUAAGUACUACUCCCCCUGCGGAAGGAGCUGCAGCUGCUGGUGCAGGUGCAGGCGCAGGUGCAGGUGCAGGUGGUAUGCCAGCUGGAGGAGCACCAAUGCCAAUGGGAGGUAUGAUGAUGAUGAUGGCCAAAAUGCCUAGUGGUAAAAUGCAACCAAUGGGAAUGAUGCCAAUGGGUGGCAUGUCAAUGGGUGGAAAAGGUGGAAUGCCAAUGGGAAUGAUGCCAAUGGGUGGAAAAGGUGGAAUGCCAAUGGGUGGCAUGCCAAUGGGUGGAAAAGGUGGAAUGCCAAUGGGAAUGAUGCCAAUGGGAAUGAUGUCAAUGGGUGGAAAAGGUGGUAUGCCAAUGGGAAUGAUGCCAAUGGGCGGAAAAGGUGGAAUGCCAAUGGGUGGCAUGCCAAUGGGUGGUAUGCCAAUGGGUGGCGAAAUGUCUAUUGAAGGAAUGCCUAUGGGAGGAAAAGGCGGUAUGCCAAUGGGUGGUAUGCCAAUGGGUGGAAUGCCGAUGGGUGGUAUGCCUAUGGGAGGUAUGGGUGGAAAAGGUGGUAUGCCAAUGGGUGGAAUGCCAAUGGGAGAAAUGUCUAUAGAAGGAAUGCCUAUGGGAGGAAAGGGUGGUAUGCCUAUGCCAAUGGGUGGAAUGCCAAUGCCAAUGGGUGGUAUGCCAAUGGGUGGAAUGCCGAUGGGCGGUAUGCCUAUGGGAGGUAAAGGUGGAAUGCCGAUGGGUGGAAUGCCUAUGGGAGGAAAAGGUGGUAUGCCAAUGGGUGGAAUGCCGAUGGGCGAAAUAUCUAUGGAAGGAAUGCCUAUGGGAGGAAAGGGUGGUAUGCCUAUGCCAAUGGGUGGAAUGCCAAUGCCAAUGGGUGGUAUGCCAAUGGGUGGAAUGCCGAUGGGCGGUAUGCCUAUGGGAGGUAAAGGUGGAAUGCCGAUGGGUGGAAUGCCAAUGGGAGGAAAAGGUGGUAUGCCAAUGGGUGGAAUGCCGAUGGGCGAAAUAUCUAUGGAAGGUAUGCCGAUGGGAAGAAAAGGCGGUAUGCCUAUGCAAAUGGGUGGAAAGCCAAUGCCAAUGAGUGGAAUGCCAAUGGGUGGAAUGCCGAUGGGUGGAAUGCCAAUGGGAGGAAAAGGUGGUAUGCCAAUGGGUGGAAUGCCGAUGGGAGGAAAAGGUGGAAUGCCAAUGAGCGGAAUGCCUAUGGGAGGAAUGUCGAUGGGAGGAAAGGGUGGUAUGCCAAUGGGUGGUAUGCCAAUGGGUGGAAUGCCAUCGAUGAUGCCUAUGGGUGGAAGAAAAAGAUAUAGAAGAUAUGCAUCGAAAGGCAAAGCAGGUGGAAUGGGUGGAAUGAUGGCUGGUAAAGGAAUGCCAAUGAUGAAAGGUGGAAUGGGCGGGGGUAAAGGAAUGAGUAUGAUGGAAGGCGGAAUGGGCGGUGGCAAAGGAAUGGGUAUGAUGGCAGGCGGUAUGGGCGGCGGUAAAGGAAUGGGUAUGAUGGAAGGUGGAAUGGGAGGAGGCAAAGGCAUGGGUAUGCCAAUGAUGAUGAAACCAGAGAUGGGUGGAAAAGGAAUGGGCAUGAUGGAAGGUGGAAUGGGAGGAGGUAAAGGAAUGGGUAUGCCUAUGAUGAUGAUGAUGUCAAAAAUGGGAAUGAUGAAAGGCGGUAUGGGCGGUAGCAAAGGAAUGGGUAUGCCAAUGAUGAUGAUGCCAGAGAUGGGAGGAAAAGGAAUGGGCAUGAUGGAAAGCGGUAUGGGCGGUGGCAAAGGAAUGGGUAUGCCAAUGAUGAUGAUGAUGCCAGAGAUGGGAGGAAAGGGAAUGGGCAUGAUGGAAAAAGGAAUGGGAAUGCCAAUGAUGAUGAUGCCCGAGAUGGGUGGAAAAGGAAUGCCAAUGAUGAUGCCCGAAAUGGGAGGAAAGGGAAUGGGCAUGAUGGAAAAAGGAAUGGGAAUGCCAAUGAUGAUGAUGCCCGAGAUGGGUGGAAAAGGAAUGCCAAUGAUGAUGCCUGAAAUGGGUGGCAAAGGAAUGGGCAUGAUGGAAGGUGGAAUGGGAGGAGGCAAAGGAAUGGGUAUGAUGGAAGGUGGAAUGGGAGGAGGCAAAGGAAUGGGUAUGCCAAUGAUGAUGAUGAUGCCAGAGAUGGGAGGAAAGGGAAUGGGCAUGAUGGAAAAAGGAAUGGGAAUGCCAAUGAUGAUGAUGCCCGAGAUGGGUGGAAAAGGAAUGCCAAUGAUGACGCCUGAGAUGGGUGGCAAAGGAAUGGGCAUGAUGGAAGGUGGCAUGGGAGGAGGCAAAGGAAUGGGUAUGCCUAUGAUGAUGAUGAUGCCAGAGAUGGGUAGCAAAGGAAUGGGCAUGAUGGAAGGUGGCAUGGGAGGAGGCAAAGGAAUGGGUAUGCCAAUGAUGAUGAUGAUGCCAAAAAUGGGAGGAAAGGGAAUGGGCAUGAUGGAAAAGGGAAUGGGAAUGCCAAUGAUGAUGCCCGAAAUGGGAGGAAAGGGAAUGGGUAUGAUGGAAGGUGGAAUGGGCGGCGGCAAAGGAAUGGGUAUGCCAAUGAUGAUGCCUGAGAUGGGAGGAAAGGGAAUGGGCAUGAUGGAAGGCGGAAUGGGUGGUAAAGGUAUGGAAAUGAUGAAGGCAAUGAUGAUGAUGCCUAAAAUGGAAAUGAUGGGAGGAAAAGGGAUGGGAAUGAUGGAAGGAGGUAUGAAGGAAAUGCCAAUGUCUAUGCCAAUGAUGAAAGGUGGUAUGCCUAUGCCAAUGAUGGAAGGAGGAAUGGGUGGCAAAGAAAUGCCCAUGUCUAUGCCAAUGAUGAAAGGUGGUAUGCCCAUGCCAAUGAUGAAAGGAGGAAUGGGUGGCAAAGAAAUGCCUAUGUCAAUGCCAAUGAUGAAAGGUGGUAUGCCUAUGCCAAUGGGUAAGCAAGAGAUGAUGCCAAGUAAAAUGAUGCCAAUGAUGCCAAGCAAAAUGAUGGAAAUGAUGCCAAUGAUGGGAGGUGGAAAAGGAGUGUAUUAAGAAUUCAUACUGUGAAAAUCAACGAUAACACCUGAAGACUUUCGAAGUAAUAUGUCAACAUAAAAAUGCCAAAGUGUCCCUUUAUGAUUUGUUUAUGUAUAUUUUGUAUAUCUUAUGAAUGUGCUCCAGUUUGUUUGUAAAUUUACUUAGUAAAUGAUGAAGCAAAAAUAUGUUGUUAAUUUGCAAAUUUCAUACAAUACAGGGCUCAUAUCGGCAUUAUAUGAUAUUCAUAUUCAAAUACCAGAACCC